AUGGCUUCGGCUCUAAAUCGGUCCGACUCAAUCGAGUCUGCCCAUCCCUCGGGUCUAGGAGAGCAAGGCCCCUCCCGCAUCUACCAAAUCUCCAGACCCGCUUUCCACCGACACUAUGAGGUCAAAUCUGCAGACGACCAGGUCUUGUUCUACGGGAAGAUCUCUACGUUCACACAUAAAAAGCCCGAUGUGACUAUACAUGCAGGCGACAGUGAACAUACCGCAGUCAUGGCAGCUUGUAAAUUCAUCAAGCUCUCAGGCGACUUCAAACUGGCCAUCGGCGACCCGAUAGAUGAGAAUAAUGUUGUGUGGGAAGAUAUGACCAAGGAAUCCGCCAUACAUUCGAAAUACCGGUUUGAGAUGACCGUGCCCAACAAGCAACAGACCGGUAACCGCGAAAGACGUGGCUUCCUCUGGAAGCGAACUCGCCAUGUCGCCGUUGACGGAGAAAGUGCUCCUAUCUUGGGUUCGCGCAGCUUCAAACUGGUCGAUGAGAGUACCGGACAAGUCUUGGCUGUCUUCACUCGCGAAAUAUCAUUCAACAAAUGCGGGAAACUUCAAAUCAAAGCAGAAUAUGGCGAAGCAUUCGAGAAAAUGGUCGUGAUCUCUUUGCUCGGCUUGUAUGAGAGGGCAAGACGGCGCAACAAUUCCGCAGCCGCAGGUGGAGGCGGCGGCGGAGGAUGA